AUCGACCAAACCUUGUGUUCCAAGUUAUUGACAGGCAAGGAUCAGACCAUUCCUCUCUAGUUGGUUUGGUCAAGAAUGAAUUUGAUGGCAGCUGUGGAAUAGUAUAUUGCCAACAACGUAAAGACACAGUUGAAGUGGCGUAUCAACUACAGAAGUAUGGGAUCAACGCUACCUAUUACCAUGCUGGUCUGGAUGUCUAUAAGAGACAUCAAAUUGCAGAGAAUUGGAAAGCUGGAAAAAUAGAUGUUAUAUGUGCUACAGUCGCUUUUGGAAUGGGCAUCGACAAAAAAAAGUCAAGUUUGUGAUUCACAAUGGAAUUCCUCCUAGUAUAGAAAACUAUGUUCAAGAGUCGGGUCGAGCAGGGAGAGAUGGAACGGAAGCUCACUGCAUAGUCUUUUUCAAGUUUGAGGACAUGACUAUACAUUUGAAGAACAUGUCAGCCCUACCCGAUGGAGGUGAGAAACAACAACGCCUAAAAAGUCUGAAUCACAUGGUAGAUUACUGUAUGAUUCCUUCAUGCAGGAAGUCACAACUUGUGAGAUACUUUGAUGGUGCAUCUUCUUCUAGUUGUAAUGAGAGAUGUGAUGUUUGCAAACAACCUCCAAAUCCUCCACUAAACGGAACUGAACAUGCAAAGUCUGUUGUGGCAUGUGUGCAGUCGAUGAUUAAAAUUGAUUCAAAUGUUAGUGUUAAAUAUUUGGCACUGACAUAUGGGGGAUCGAGAUCGAAGGAAAUUGUAAAUAAAGGUUAUGUAAAUGCACAGAAUCAUGGGAGUGGUUCUAAAGACUUUAAUAGUAAAACAAUGUACAAAUUUAUUCAUUUAUUGAUUACUGGUGGCAUUUUACAAGAGAAACUAAGAACUGUCUCAGACACUAAAACGACACCACUCCUUGUUCUUGGUGAAAAAGCAUCACAAGUUUUAGACAGGGAUUUUAAAUUUGUGUACUACAAAUAGUUAUGUAAUGAACUACAAAUAGCUUUAACGAUUCCUCACGGGAUUAUAGCCUGUUUACAUUAUAAGUGUACCCGUGGAAAUUAUGGAAAAACAGGCAAUUGGCUAAUCCCUGUAAAUCUCUCUAUUGUUGUAAUACUAUCUCUUUCAAUUAUGACAAUCAUGCACUGUCAAUGCUUUCAUUAUCAGACUGUUCAGAAACAAAUACAUUAAAUUUUGAGGCAUGACACAUCUGGGCAAAUUGCACCUUAUUCACUGCACUGCCAUCUUUUACAAUUGCCAUUGGAGACCAUGGGACAAUCUAGUUUUUAUCUGUGUUCAGAUGUAUUUAUACCAUUUCUUAAAUAGUGAUACACAUUUUAAUCCCUUCCCUCUGCCCCCCCCCCCCCCAUUUCAAUGUUGGUGUCUUGCAACCAGGCAUCAGAUUUUUGUCGACUGAACGCUGAAGUGGGGGAACCCUAUGCCUUUCAAAUUAUUUGAAAUUACAGCACCUGUUCCAUAGUUUUUGGCAAAGAUUGUGCAUAUAAAUAUACUUAACAUAUACAUUGAUAUGUUUCAUUCCAGUGAUUCCACAAACCUCACAGUAUUUUAAUUAAUGCAUAGGCAAACUAUUCGGACAAUACAGAAUUUGACUUGAAAAAGGAGGCAGUCCCAAUGUUGUUCACAUAUUUCUUUUUCAAAAAUGAAAUAACUUUUAGAUACAUUUUGAUGGUUGUAUCCGUUAUUUUAAAUUUUUAGGUACUGCCACACAACGAACCAGGGAUGCGAUAAUUAAUCAUCUCCAGUUGCCGGAUGUAAAUGUGCUAUUACAAUCGUCAGAUCGACCAAACCUUGUGUUCGAAGUUAUUGACAGGCAGGGAUCAGACCACUCCACUCUAGUUGGUUUGGUCAAGAAUGAAUUUGAUGGCAGCUGUGGAAUAGUAUAUUGCCAACAACGUAAAGACACAGUUGAAGUGGCAUAUCGACUACAGAGGUCUGGGAUCAACGCUACCUAUUACCAUGCUGGUCUGGAUGUCUAUAAGAGACAUCAAAUUGCAGAGAAUUGGAAAGCUGGGAAAAUAGAUGUUAUAUGUGCUACAGUCGCUUUUGGAAUGGGCAUCGACAAAAAAAAGUCAAGUUUGUGA